GUGCAUGCUUUACAAACAGCAGAUAUAGAAAUAAAGCUAAUAGAGAGCAAAAACAUAUCACUUAUUUCGUUAAAAUAAAUCACCGUGACACGAAAAAUCUAAAAAAUUCAAUGCGCCCGCUGCGCUGCGAAAAAGUAAAAAGUUUAUUCGUCGACGUUCUGUCUUUGUUGUUGUUGCUGCAGUCGCGCGCUCAUUUGCCAAGUUGAACCCGCGGCCGCGCCCGCUGCUGCUGCUGCCGUCAGCAGCAACGUUUAGUUCUAGCCAAAAAAGAAUUGUGAAAAAUUUGCAUUUGCAGUUGCAGUUGCGUUCAAGCUAAAGUCGAAAGCGGCAACAACAACAUGAGCAACGAUGUGCAAGAGCAGGAGGUCGGCGCUGAGGUGGUGACCAGCGCCGGCGCUCCAGUUGACGAUGGCCUGGAGACGAUGCGCUGUAAAUUUGAGAAUCUGUGCCGUGAUCUAAAUAUGGAUCGUCAAACCGAAGUCGAGGCCUUUAGGAUGCUCAACGAAGUGCAGGAGCAUUAUUCAUUGGAGGGGGACAACAUGCACUGGUUCUGCUGCGCUCUGUUCGCGGCCUGUCGUCAAUCGACAACGCCCACUGUGGGUGGCCAGGAUGCAGUCGUUAUGGGCAAUUGUGUGCCAUUGAACAAUUUGCUACGCAGCUGUCAAAUGAGCAUCUACGAGUUUAAGCAAAAGAUCAAACUAUGGUGCGAUAUGGCCAAUUUGCCGCAAGUAUUUGUACAGCAAAUGGAGGAGCUGGAGCGCAAGUUUAGCAUCACAUUCACAAUCUACAAGCGAUACAGAAAUAUUUUCGAGCAAUUGUUUAUCUGUCCGCCCAACGAGAAGAAACACUCGAGAAACAGCCCCAAAUGCACCUACUCUAAGCUGGAUAAUAUAUCUUGGCGUCUGUUUCUAUGCGCCAAGAAUCAGAAGCCAACGAGGACCCUUGAUCUGGUCACAACUUUCAAUCUAAUGAUAUGCUGUCUUGAUCUCAUAUACGCCAAUGUGCUGGCCGAGAAACGCAUUGAUCUCAUCAACCCGAACUUUAAGGGUCUGCCGCCGAAUUGGAACACGCCGGACUUUGACGAGACCCAUGCCCGCAAACAUUGUAUACUCGACUUCUUCUGCGAUAUGAAAGCCGAUGCCAAAGAAAUAAAGGCGAAGGGCUUCAUCGAGAUUAUUCACAGCUUCUUUCAGACGAACACAAUCGUAGGUAAUGAGGAUACGCUGCUCGGCCUGGUAGCCAAUAACAACUUUGAGCGAAAUCUGAAAUCUCUGAACUUAAGUUAUGAGCAGUAUGUGCUGAGUGUGGGGGAGUUUGACGAGCGUGUAUUGGCCGCCUACCAGCUGGACGCCAGCGAUCACAGCAAUCUAAACGAACAGGCGCUGCGUCAGCCAGUGACGCCCCUGACACGCAAACAGGAGCUACCCUCCCAGCCUGUUAUGUCCGAGCCAGUGGCCAAUGCCACCAACAAUGUGAAAAAGCUGAGCGCCUCCAUCAGUCGUAUAACCGAGCCCACCGAUUUUGUAAAACAGGUUGGCGAAGCAGCACUUGCGAAAAUGAUGAAAACUAUCGAGCAAAUGGAACUAAAGUUUCUCGCCCAGUAUCCGAUGGGCAGCGGGGCUGAGAAGAGAUUCCGUAUGGCAAAAUCACUUUACUACUACCUAAUGGAUCACAUACUCCGGGCUGAGAUUAAAAACAAGCCGCAGAUUGUACACAAGAUCUCAUUGGACAUCUUUAACGAGACGCUGAUGGCCUGCUGCUUAGAACUGGUGCUUGAGGCCUACAUCACGGAGAUCAAGUUCCCCUGGAUUCUGGAUUGUUUCAGUAUUAAUGCAUUCGAAUUUCACAAGAUCAUUGAAAUUGUUGUACGCCAUGGCAGUCGCGAGGGCUGCCUGACACGCAGCUUGGUGAAGCAUCUCAAUUCCAUUGAGGAGACGUGCCUAGAGCGUCUGGCCUGGCAACUCACCUCCCCAGUCUGGGAGAUGAUUGGCAAUACGGGCAAGCCGCUGCCCACCUUCACUGAAGUGAAUAAAGACAAAGCCGCUGGGCCACUGCAGAUAUUUCUGCGCAAGGUGUAUCUGCUCGGCUGGCUGCGUAUUGGGAAACUGUGCUCGGAACUAAAGUUGGCAGAGAAGAAGCCUGACAAGAUCUGGACCAUAUUCGAGCAUUCGAUAACACACAAGACUCAUCUAAUGCAAGAUCGCCAUCUCGACCAAAUUAUAAUGUGUGCAAUAUAUAUUUAUAUUAGAGUAACAAAAAUGGAGGAAACCAAAUUUAGUGACAUUAUGAGGGCCUAUCGCAACCAGCCGCAGGCGGUUAAUAGUGUCUAUCGCGAGGUGCUAAUUAGCGUCAAUGAUGGUGAACGCAAGUACAAAGAUAUUAUACACUUUUACAACUAUACGUAUGUACCCGAGAUGACGAAAUUCUGCAUUAAUUAUCUUGAUGAGAGUGCGGACAAUGUAAACCUACUGAUGUCGCCACAUCCCAUCGAACGCACAACGAUGCCUAAGAAGCUAAACCACUCGCUCUAUGUAACACAAAUGUCCAAGAAUGAGAUACAACAGUCGCCAGACCAGGUUGUCUACAUAAUCAGCGCCAGUCCGGCCAAGAAACUGGACGACAUGAACAAAAUAGUGCUUGGUUCCGGCAAGCGUGUGUUGGACUUUACCGAUGAUGACGGUCCGAAUUCCAUUGACACGAAGCGGCAAAGGCUCGAGCUGCCCUCGCGUCUCAGUCAAAUAAAGGCUGGCUUGGAUGAUCCCAAAAACGAACGAAAGUAGACAAAAACCAAGACAGGAACCUGGGGCGGGGAUAUAGAAUUUGUGAGUGGGCCAGGGGGACGGGGGGUUGAGUUUUCAUUCUGAUUGCCGCAACAGUCGAUGCGCAUCCGGGUCGACAUGAAGGCACACAGAAUAUGAAAUUCAUGCUGGAGGCAUAUGCAAUGUUAUUUUAAUUGACAGCGGCGAGCGCUUAUCAUUUUACUUAUUGUUUAAUUUUCCCUUGUUUUUUUUAUCAUUAGUCUGCCAUUUUAAUUUAAUAACCUGUGCAUCUUUUUAUAUUUUUUUAAUGCAAGUCAACCAUAUAUGCAUACUACCU